ACGGCGCUCUGCCUGUCGGGCUCUUUCUCCUCCACGUGGGGACGCAGGAUGGCGGCGGCAGUGGCGGACGAGGCGGUGGCGCGCGAUGUGCAGCGGUUGCUAGUGCAGUUCCAGGAUGAGGGCGGGCAGCUGCUGGGUUCCCCGUUCGACGUGCCUGUGGACAUCACCCCGGACAGGCUGCAGCUCGUGUGCAACGCGCUACUGGCCCAGGAGGAUCCCCUGCCACUGGCUUUCUUUGUCCACGAUGCUGAGAUCGUCUCCUCACUGGGGAAGACGUUGGAGUCCCAGGCAGUGGAGACAGAGAAGGUCCUAGACAUCAUCUACCAGCCACAGGCUGUCUUCAGAGUCCGGGCCGUGACUCGCUGCACCAGCUCCUUGGAGGGUCACAGUGAGGCAGUCAUUUCUGUGGCCUUCAGCCCCACGGGAAAGUACCUGGCCAGUGGCUCUGGAGACACCACCGUGCGCUUCUGGGAUCUCAGCACAGAGACACCACAUUUCACUUGCAGGGGACACAGACACUGGGUCCUUAGUAUAUCCUGGUCUCCAGAUGGCAAGAAGCUGGCCUCAGGCUGCAAGAAUGGCCAGAUUCUCCUCUGGGACCCAAGCACAGGGAAGCAGGUGGGCAGGACCCUCGCUGGCCACAGCAAGUGGAUCACAGGCCUGAGCUGGGAGCCCCUCCAUGCGAACCCUGAGUGCCGCUAUGUGGCCAGCAGCUCCAAGGAUGGCAGUGUGCGGAUCUGGGACACAACUGCAGGCCGCUGUGAGCGCAUCCUCACCGGGCACACCCAGUCGGUCACCUGUCUCCGGUGGGGAGGGGACGGGCUUCUCUACUCUGCCUCCCAGGACCGCACCAUCAAAGUCUGGAGAGCUCGUGACGGUGUGCUGUGCCGGACUUUGCAAGGCCACGGCCACUGGGUGAACACCAUGGCCCUCAGCACUGACUAUGCCCUGCGCACUGGGGCCUUUGAACCUGCUGAGGCCUCAGUUAAUCCCCAAGACCUCCAAGGAUCCUUGCAGGAGUUGAAGGAGAGGGCUCUGAGCCGAUACAACCUCGUGCGGGGCCAGGGUCCCGAGAGGCUGGUGUCUGGCUCAGACGACUUCACCUUAUUCCUGUGGUCCCCAGCGGAGGACAAAAAGCCUCUCACUCGGAUGACAGGACACCAAGCUCUCAUCAACCAGGUGCUCUUCUCUCCUGACUCCCGCAUCGUGGCUAGUGCCUCCUUCGACAAGUCCAUCAAGCUGUGGGAUGGCAGGAUGGGCAAGUACCUGGCUUCCCUACGUGGCCACGUGGCUGCCGUGUACCAGAUUGCGUGGUCAGCUGACAGUCGGCUCCUGGUCAGCGGCAGCAGUGACAGCACACUGAAGGUGUGGGAUGUGAAGGCCCAGAAGCUGGCCAUGGACCUGCCCGGCCACGCGGAUGAGGUAGGGCCAACCCUCAGGCAAAGGAGGGACUGGGAUUGGAGCCUGGCUGUCUCCCUCUCACCACCCCACCUGCUUUCCUCUGCCUCCCUUUAGGUAUAUGCUGUUGACUGGAGUCCAGAUGGCCAGAGAGUGGCAAGUGGUGGGAAGGACAAAUGCCUCCGGAUGUGAGUGUGGGGGAAGUGGUGGUUGGCAUGUGCAGCCCUCCCACCCCUAAGCCAGUCCCUCUUUGCACACUUUCCCUUAUGGCAUAGAAUUCCGCAGGGCCAUCCAGGUGCUCAGACUGUCUUGAGGAGGUGUGUGGAGCCAGGUUCUCAGUGGGCAAGUGGGAGGGCCACCGGAAUAACAGAGGCCACAGGACACCCUCUUAGAGGGCGCGUCCAGGUCUUUCUGUCACUGGACUUCAGAGACCCAAGACCUGAGUUCAAAUCCUAGUUCUGCCAAUGAGUAAUCACAGAGAACUUGGUUAAUCAGUCUCUUGGGAAUUAUCAAACCUUCACAGACAGGAUCAAAAAUAGGAGAGUCAACACUCUGGAAGCCAAAGUGUUGUGUGCUUAUAAGGGAUUGUGACUGUUUGCUGGUGGGCAUUCUGAGGGCCAGGCCCUAGGUGGAGGUCCUGGUGGCGUCAGGCAGUGAGUGGGCAGCCUGAGUUUGAGUGGCCAGAGCAGGGACGGUCACCCGGCUCUUGGUGACUCUGAGGGUGGACCACAGGCCGUCCGUCAGUUGACACUGGGAUUAUAUGACAGCCUCCCUUUCCUAAGAUGGAAUCCCCAUCCUGACACCCUUCCCUUCUCCACAGAUGGAGGAGUUGAGAACGCCUGCAGUUCUCUCUGACCCCCACCUGGAGUCGGCAUCUGCCAGCUGCCUUCCCUGCCAGAGAACAAAGGCUGAGAUGGCAGUGCACACACGCUCCCCACCAGUGGGGACCUGAGAAUGCGUGUGGCCUGCUGUCCUCAACAGACCCUAGUGGGGUCUUCCCACAGACAGGUCUUUCCUGCCUGUGGCACACCCCAGAGCCAGAAAUUGAAGGUCACAGGAAGUUGUCACUGAACUUGGCCCGUGUCUGCUACUCUGUACCUUGCUGGUACAGACGGGUGGUGGGCGGCCAGGCUCUGUGAGUGGGCCCCUAGUGUCAACUCUGUAUAGGGUCAGACCCCGGGUUCUAUAACCAAACAAAUAACUUAUGUUUUA